AUGAUCACUGCUUUGAUCCAACUCACAAAGCCCUUGAAACUCAGCCUCAUAAAUGAUCCAAGUGCUACGAUCACGAAGAAGCUAGUCGAGGAAUUGAGCACCAGGUAUGGUUACACCUUCACGGAGCCACUACUGAUGGACGUCACCCAGAAAGAUAGGGUUUUGGAACCGUGCCUAUCGCCUACUUCUUCUAUCGAAACGAUGAAGAAAUUCUAUGUGAUCUUGGAGGCUGUCGAAGAUAGAAUGGAGAUGCACAAUAACAUCGGCGAGCAGCGAGACAACUGGAAUAAGCUCCUGUUGAACUCGGUCAACAUGAUGACUCUCACUGCCACCACCACGGCAGCGAUGGCUGCGGCUGCGCCAGCUCCAUCGCUGAGAUUAUGCUCCGCUCUCUUGUUUACGGAAGCCACCAGCAUGUCUGUCAUCAUGAGAAAAAUCCAGCCCUCACAGCUGGCUGAAGAGCAACGCAAUGCCUCGAGGUUGUUCAAGCAGCUCCGGAGCGAGAUCAAGUCAAUGCUUGCGCUCCAAUCUCCGACUGAACCAGACGUGAAGGAGAUGAUGGAGAAGGUGCUGGCCCUUGAUUGGGCUUAUCCACUGCCUCUGCUCGGAGCGAUGCUCGAGAAGUUCCCUGUGAAAUUUGAGCCCGCCGCAUGGUGGCCUGGGGUUUCCAACAACAGCCGCCAAUCCAAAGGGCAGAAAACUUUUGCAAAUACCGAGCCAAACGGAUGGAGCGAGGAGCUGGAAUUGGAGAUGAGAGCAAUCGUCCAAGUCCUCAAGAGCAAAGACAAGAAAGACUACUUGACGCUCGGAAAUCUGGCGCUAAAACUAAAUAAGAUGUUGGCGGUCUUGGGUCCCCUACUCACUGGGAUCGCUGCAGCCACCUCGACCUAUGGUGGCUCGACAGCCACAACUUUGGCAGCCAUUGCUGGUGCGAUGGCUGCAAUCGUCAACGGCUUUGAGCACGGAGGUCAAGUUGGUAUGGUCGGGGAGAUGUACAGAAACUGUGCAGGGUUCUUCGAGCUCAUGGGAGAGACGAUCGAAGCACGCUCGAAGAGAGCCUUUAGCAGGAGAGAGAACGGAGAGAUGUUCGAGAUGAAGGUGGCGAUGAAGCUGGGGCGGGGCUUGUCAGAGCUCCGAGACUUGGCAAGAAAAUCAAUGGCUUCUUGUAUAGAAGGGACUGAGGUGGAUGAGUUCGGAAGCAAGCUUUUCUGA